UAUUUAAGUGUUAUGCCCCUUUAAAGGUACAGGGAACUUUUUUUUGGAUCGUAGGGGUAACCCGCGUUCUCUGAGUUCGCGAGUGCACUACAGAAGGUAGACGACAGCGAAGCGUCUCGGCCCGAAACGUCAACUAUACUUCUUUCCAUAGAUACUACCUGGCUUGCUGAGUUCCUCCAGCAUUUUGUGUGUGUUGUUUGGAUUUCCAGCAUCUGCAGGUUUUCUCGUUUGUGCACUUUCUUGACGUUGUUAUUGAACGCAAGCACCGAGUUCCUUCCGUAGUCACUGGGGAGAGCGGGCAAAAAGAGAGAGCCUGAACUGGUGGCAAAGUACAAGGUGUGCCGCCAAUUGUGAGAUCUGAUUACAUUGGUUAACUGAGACUUGACGAAGAAGCGAACAAAGAUAGAGAGGGAGGGCUUUUGUGGACUGUUCCUGGCUUGUUCAUUAGGACGCUGUCACGUCAGCUCCGGAUCCAACUGCUAAGCGUGAAGCGGGUUCCUUUGAAGAUCCUGACCUGGAGUUACGCACUGACUUCGGUUCUUUGUGGGAAUGGGACACCUUCUCGGGUUCUCAAGACUGGCCACUAUUUGAUAUACCAAAGUCGUGGCCUAGAAAACUAGCGAGCUGUCAGGGUUCCGGGAUUUCAUGGCUCUGGAGGCGGGCAGACUCGAGGGCGAUGCCACUGCAGGAAACUAGUGUGUCGUGGGAGACAGAAGAUUGAAAGCAGCAAGCUGGCUACUGGCUUUGGGCCCAGAGACCCGAGUUCUUUGAGCACAGAACUCGGAAGAAGCAGCGCAACAGACUUUUAACUUCAUAAAUCAAACAUACACAACUUCAUCCGUUUUUCAAGUUGGAAGUACAGAGCCUUAAAUUUGUCAACGUAAGUUUAUAAAAGUAAGCUUGUUGUUUGCAUGGGAGAUUUCUGGAUAAUAAAAGAAUCAAGGUGUGAGGGAAUAAGGCAGGAAAAUGGAGCUGAGGUUGAAGAUCAGCCCUUGUCUGAAAGGCUGGCAGAGCAAGAUUGAAUGGCCUGUUCCUUCUCCUCUUUUGGAUCGGGACUAGAGAGCACCGUGGGAGCUGAAUUCUGAAGGAAGGCAGUUUUUUAAAAAACUUCUUCGAGUGCCAGAAGGGCGAGACUGCGCAGGCGUGUGACGUCAACAGGACCGCGCGGAGAGUUUAAGAAGACAGGUUGCUGCCAAUGGCUCUCUUUUGGAUCGGGACUACAGAGCGCCAUGGGAGCUGAAUUCUGAAGGAAGGCAGUUUUUUUAAAAACUUCCUCGAGUGCAAGGAGGACGAGACUGCACAGGCGCGUGACGUCAACAGGACAGUGCGGAGAGAUUAAAAAGGAGACCACCCUAUACAGCGGGCAGCGGAGUGAGGUGGGAGCAGAGUGUAGGGAUUUGGCUUCAAUGGGCUUCGGCAGUAAACGGGAAGAGGCUAGAGCGAAGCGCCAACUCUUUUUUUUCCUCCCCCCCCGCCCCGCCUUCGCGAAUCGGCCCGGACAGGCAGGAACAGCAGGGCUCUCACAGCUAACAGUACGAGCUAACGGUUUUAAAAAGUUUGUCUGUUUGGCGAGGUAAGUGGAUUUUAUUGUUAAGCAGAAUAUGGGUCAUGGUGGCAGUCAUUGCCUUGGGAUCCCUGCUGGAAAAGGACCACAUCUUGUUGGAUGUAUAGAUAUUAUGACUGAUCACACAAUUCAGGGAUGUUUCUUACGCCUGUACUAUCCUUGUAAUAAGGGUGAGAAGAAUCAACAGCCAUUGUGGAUCCCCAGGGAUGAAUAUUACAAUGGACUUGCUGAUUUUCUUAAAUACAACAGAACAGCUGUGGGAUAUAUUUUACAGUAUAUGUAUGGGUCAUACAGAGUUCCUGCUGAAUGGGAUGCCCCAUUUAAAUCAGAUGGAAAAUAUCCUCUAGUCAUCUUCUCCCAUGGCCUCGGAGCUUUCAGGACUCUUUAUUCAGCCAUAUGCAUUGAAAUAGCUUCGCGGGGAUUUGUAGUAGCUGCUGUGGAACACAGGGAUGGAUCAGCAUCAGCGACGUUCUUCUACGAAGAGAAAACAAAAACAGCCAGUGAAGUAGAACAGGAUACCUCCUGCACAAGUUCAGCACCUACUUUGGAUCAUUUGGAGGAGAAGUGGCUUUACUAUCAGCCGCACAAACCAGGAGAACAAGAAUUCCCAUUCCGAAAUGUCCAGGUACAGCAGCGAGCAGAAGAAUGUACCAGGGCCUUAAAUCUGCUUACUGACAUAAAUAAGGGAAAAUCUGUCCAUAAUGUAUUUCCACUAGACUUUGAUUUCACUAAAAUGAAGGAUUGCCUUGAUCUGUGUAAGGUAGCUAUAAUGGGCCACUCAUUUGGUGGUGCUACAGUUGUUGAAUCACUUAGCAAGGAGCUUCGAUUUGGUUGUGGAGUGGCAUUAGACAUUUGGAUGUUCCCUCUAGAAGAUGAGAUUCAUGAAAAGGUACAGAAGCCAAUAUUGUUCAUCAACUCUGAAAAAUUCCAGUGGCUUGAAAAUAUUCUGAAAAUUAAACAACUUGAUUCGAACACCAUACAGCGAAAGAUGAUAACAAUCAUGGGAACAGUUCAUCAAAGCUUUCCCGAUUUUACAUUUCUGACUGGCCACUUCCUUGGAAAGAUAUUUGGACUGAAAGGAACUAUAGAUCCCCAUAUAGCAAUCGAUAUAAGCAAUAAGGCUGCUUUAGCAUUCAUGCAAAGACACUUGAGUCUUCAGCAAGAUUUUGACCAAUGGAAUUCUCUAAUUGAUGGGAAAGGAGAACAUAUUAUACCUGACACAAACAUUCCUCUGGAUCAAUUAAAUUUUAAAUCCAAACAAUGACUCUGCCAUUUUGAAGUGCACAACAGAAAAACAAUCAGUAAUUGUAGAUCUAUUUACUAUUCACAGUUGUGCAAUGCAUUUGCCAGUUUUAACAUAUUCAAAUGUCAGCCAUACAAAACAUUACCUCCAUAAUUUUGUUUCAUUUUGAUGUUUGUAGAUCCAUGUUUCAGAUUAUGUGACAAUAAUGAAAUUGUCCAAUUACUCUAGUAUUAGGACAGUGGGAUGCAAGUGAGAGUUACCCAAAUAUUUGUAUUUUGAGUGAACAUUUUUAUAUCCUGAGUUUCCACAGCUUGUCAGAUGGUGAAAUAUUGCAUUCAGUAUUUUGAUAAUGCACUCAUUUAUAAUGCAGAUUUUCUGUUAGUAGCACCACAGUUCUGAAGUUUAAUUUCAUCCUUAAUAUGACUUUACCAAUCUUUUAAGUGUGUAAUUUAGGUUUCUGUAGAGUGAAUUUAUUUUUACUCUAUGUUGAUUUCUAAACUUCAGACUUGAUUCAAUGCAUCUCAUUACCUUCUCCUAAUAGAAAUUCUAAUUAGAUUUGGGUCACUCCUUGCAUAUCAACAAAACUUUGUUCAGCUGGUUGGUUAAAAAAUUAAACUUUCCUUUUCACUAUGUGUGUCCAAGGCAACCUCCUCAAAUUCCUUGGUUCAUUUGGAACAGACUGCAAUGACACUAAUAAUACUGACAGCCUAAGAGUCAAAAUAUUUACCUUUUGCACUGGACCCACAUAUAACAUGAACAUGCCAUAGGACCCAUUUAUGGGGAGUUGAAAUACAAAGCAAAGCACAAUUUUAUAUAGUUGACCCUCCCUAUCCAUGGGUCCCAUAUGCACGGUUUCAGCCAAACGCCAAUUGGGAAAACCCAGAAGUUCUCUCUCCAGUACUUGUUGUUUGAGCAUGUACAGACUUUUUUUUCUUGUCAUUAUUCCCUAAACAAUACAGCAUAACAAUUAUUUACAUAGUAUUUACAUUGUAUUAGGUAUUAUAAGUAAUCUAGAAUUGAUUUAAAGUACAGGCCGUCUUCUAAGUCAGAUUUCUACACAAGACAGAACAGGUACAUCCAGUAUUAUUUAGCGUCAGUUAGUCAAAUGUUUGUCUUAGUAUAUAGAAACAUAGAAAAUAGGUGCAGGAGUAGGCCAUUCGGCCCUUUGAGCCUGCACCGCCAUUUAUUAUGAUCAUGGCUGAUCCUCCAACUCAGAACCCC